AUGGAUAGCCUCGAUUUCUUAACUGUACGUGGAGCCGGCCAUUUUGUUUCGUCAACUAAUGAAAAGCCUAAAGAAGCUUUGCAACUCUUUGUCAACUAUCUACGCGGGACGAACUACAGUACUCCGAUCGCGGGACCUUCAACUGUAACAAGUACUAUCAGUACUAUUGUAACUGCUAGUACCACCAGUAGUACUGAAGUUACUCUUACUUCUGCUACUAAAACUAACAAUAUAUCGUCAAUACCGUCAUUCCCGCCAUCGUCUUUGACAACACCACCAAUCCAGCCUACAACUACUAGUGAAAGUACAACAACAUCAACGGGAUAUGUAUUUGCUGCAAAUCAUGCUGCUAUCAAAAAAGGCAAGUUGACGGAUGCAUUUAUCAGGCUGAAAAUAGUUUCUCGAGCAAAAAAAAAAACAAAGAGGAUAUUAUGCUAUCUGGAGGGUAUAGCACCCGGUCUUAGUGAAGGGAUUUGCCCCAAAUCAGAAAAAUUACGAAUUUUAGAAGUGUUUGGAACUUAG